AUGGCAGCCGGCCCCAGCGUGGGCGACGCGGGGGCCCUUCGCAGCAUGCCCUCGGACUCGCCAUCUCAGGAUGUAGCGCGCGAUAAGGAUGGAGGAGGCCCUUUGUUUGGUGUAGCCUCACUAAUCGGGCGCUGGAGUGACCACCGGUCCUACGACCAGCACGACCCGGCCUCGUAUGUUCCCUUUUCUCGCCAUCCUUGGUGGGAACCACCCGCCGAGCCUUACAGGCCGAGCAAUCCGUAUCGCCCUGGACUGAAACUUGCCAUUUACCGCCACGAGCCUCCACCUCCGCUUCGGCAGAUGGGCCACGAGCCCUACCCAGACCCUUUUGGGAUGCGGUCUGCCGUGCACGAGGCUUUGAAGAAAAUGACACUCGUCGAUCUGUGUUUGGCUCAUCCCCCAAUGGAAGGCGUGGCCCACGAGGACGAUACCCACCAGCUCCAAGUGGUCGAAGAGAUCGCGGUUCAGGACGAUCACGGUGCCCAGGUUGUCGUCUGUCGUCUCGAUGACGACCCGACCAAGACCUACGUGGCCAAGGUUUUCGACCCGCUGUACUACAUGUUCAACGAGGUUCCUGAGGGGCAUUACCCGCGCGACACCGUCUUCCACGCAGACGCGGACUACAGUUGCGAGGCGGCUGCGUUCGAGGAGCUCAAAAACACGCGCCUGCCCGGCAAAGAGAUACCGGAUUACCACGGAUGCUGGACCUUCAACAUCAGCCUCGAACUGCCUGCGCCCCAGGGGAUCCAAGUACGCGCCGUCCGCCUGGUGCUAAUGGAGCACAUCGACGGCGCAAUCACCAUGCUAGACGCCGACCCCGAUGAAUACUCUGACGACAGUCGAUUGGACAUUGUCGCGCGCGUUUUCGAGGCCGAGGCGGCUUGCAUCAACCGUGGGAUCCUGCAUGGCGACGUCAGUCCGCGCAACGUCCUCAUCAAAAACAGCAGCGACCCGGAAAGCGACCAUGCGUAUCGCGUGGUUCUCUUGGACUUCAACAUGGCCGAGAUUAUCCGCCCCCGUCGGCCCUCCGAGUUCAAAGAUGAUCCCGGCGACCAUGGCGAUUCCCCCCGGGCAUCGCGACAGUACGGCCCCACCAGGCCCCCUGUCCAUCCGGCGCGGCGGAUGUGGAACAGCUGGGAGCUCUUCUUGGGAGAGUUCCACAACUGGAUGCCCAGAACCUGGAAGCACUCCCAGAGGCAGUUCAACGAGUGGCUUCUCACUCAGUGGGGAAACUCGGCCGAGUGGAAAACUAUAUGGGAGGUGGUCAAGGAUACCCUGCCGCCCCAUAGAGACUCUCCCAACAUGUCCGACGAAGAACGCGAAGACUCUCCCGAAGAAGGCAACAGGAAAGUGCCAAUUCGCGGGCCUUUUUGGUCACUCGGUGAGCCUGUUGACAUCAGUGACACUGGCGACGGGCAUUCGGUGACCCUGGCGACAGGCCUCGGUGACCUCGGUGACCCUGGCGACAGACAUUCGGUGACCCUGGCGACAGGCCUCGGUGACCCUGGCGACAAAGGAUAUGCCAGCGAUGAUGAGCUGAAACUCAGGGAAGGGGUGGACCCGAACGACCCGGACGACCCUGACGAACCACGUGCUCCGCGGCAACCAGGUCACAACGGGCAAGGCAAGCCAUGA